CCGCCCGGCCUGCACCAGCUAGGGGGGUGGCCGGUGAAUCGGGACACAGGCUUCUGGUGGGUAGUUAGCACUUGGGCACUGUUAGAACUUUUUGGCAUUGGGCAGCUUGUGGUCAAGGGACAGCACUCUGCAAAAACUUGGGGGCCCCUCCUGCCGUGCCCCUCCUGCCUUGCCGCUAGCAAGGACCUUUGCCUUUCAGUAGGGGUGUCUGGGUCUGCAGGAUGCAGGAGGGCUCCAAGCCAGCCUGCACACAGUAGGCCUGGAGAAGGCUCUUUCCCCAGCAAAUCUCUUUCCAGGCCCAAGACGGUAAAAUACUGGGGCACCUGGGAAGGGAGAGAGCAGCCUAGACAGGCCCCUGGUGGCAAAUUGAGGUUCCACCUUUUCUGGGAUCUGUGGCCCAGCAUGUGAGGCCUGAGGCAGGCAGGAAGGAGGCGGGCAGGGCUGAGCCAGAGGUGAAGCUCGUCCCUGGAAGGGACGGAGUAGGUGGGGCAGGAGGUGGCCAAGUUUUACAGACCUCUGAAAAACCUGGGGAAAGAGCAUGGGUGUGCCCAGGCAGCCUUCGGGUGCAGUGCCUCCUUGCCUGUAAUGGGCGCCUCUAGGGCAAGCAGGCUCAGGUGCUGGGCAGUAGAUGGCCCCUUCCCAACCUUCCCUCCCAUCUCCUCGGUCCCCUCGCUCUCAGGCACCUACCCAGGGCCCUUGCUGGGAUCGGGGCAAGACCAAGUAGACCUCAGCCCCACCUCGAGUGAGACUUGAGGAAGAACUUCAAGGGGAAGCAGAGGAGAUGACAGUGGGAUGGACUGUGGGGAGGUCAGUUGUAAACAGGGCAGCUGCACUUUUGUCCCAGGCCUUCCAAAGUCCAGUCUGUAAGCUGCAUCUUCCGGAAGGCCCACCCUGUGGCCUUGAGGGCUCCUUGGCUGCAGGGAUCUCUUUGCUGACCAGUGACCCCCUCCCCCCGCCCAAGCCCGGUGGCUUGCAGGGUGGUAUGGGGGCUGCCUGGGUCCCUGCCCAUCUUGGAACUGAUUAAGGUGAGAGGGGGGUGGAAGGCCACCCAGGUGCCCCUGCCUGCUGCUUGACCUUGGCAAGCCCUUGGCCCCUUGGUUUCUCCAUCUGCUGUUGGGCAUGACCUCAGCACCAGGGGCCUGGCAGGCAUUUGUGAAGAGCCGGAGAUAGGCGGGUGGGAGCCAGGGCUGUGUGCCUGGCCGCCCUUUCCCCCAACCCCAUCAGGCCGGGCUGGCCGCCCACUUCUGUUCACCAUGGAGCUGGGUUUCCCUGGGGACCAGUGGACUGACCCAGCCCCGCCCCCUCAGCCCCUCCUGGCCACAGCUCACACUGGGAGGAGGGGUGGAGGCUGGGCUGCCUCCUGGACCCCUGCCCCCCUCGGCCUGCCUUCCAGAACCUGGGCUGGGAGCAAGAAGCAGUGGCUGCCCUUGGAGGAGGUCCUGGAGGCAGCUCUAGCUGGGAUGGUGGCUCCAGCAUCUCUAAGGGCCGUGGGGGGUCCAGCCCCACUAGGGGCACUCUAGGCCUCCCACAGCCCAACACCUGUGCCCCUGCCCUCUGCCCAUCCACGGGCCACUCGCCAUGGGCGGCUGCUUCUCCAAGCCCAAGCCAGUGGAGCUCAAGAUCGAGGUGGUGCUGCCUGAGAAGGAGCGGGGCAAGGAGGAGCUGUCGGCCAGCGGGAAGGGCAGCCCCCGGGCCUACCAAGGCAAUGGCACAGCCCGCCACUUCCACACUGAGGAGCGCCUGCCUGCCCCUCACCCCUACGCGGGCACUCAGGACUGCGUGGAGGCCGCCGUCUGCCAUGUCAAGGACCUAGAGAAUGGCCAGAUGCGGGAAGUGGAGCUGGGCUGGGGGAAGGUAUUGCUGGUGAAGGAGAAUGGGGAGUUCCACGCCCUGGGCCACAAGUGUCCACACUAUGGUGCGCCCCUGGUGAAAGGUGUGCUGUCCCGGGGCCGGGUACGCUGCCCGUGGCAUGGCGCCUGCUUCAACAUCAGCACUGGGGACCUGGAGGACUUCCCUGGCCUGGACAGUCUGCACAAGUUCCAGGUGAAGAUUGAGAAGGAGAAGGUGUACGUCUGGGCCAGCAAGCAGGCCUUGCAGCUGCAGCGAAGGACCAAGGUGAUGGCCAAGUGCAUCUCUCCAAGCGCUGGCCACAGCGGCAGCACCAACGUGCUCAUUGUGGGCGCAGGUGCAGCCGGCCUGGUGUGUGCGGAGACGCUGCGGCAGGAGGGCUUCUCAGACAGGAUCGUCCUGUGCACCUUGGACCGGCACCUCCCCUACGACCGGCCCAAGCUCAGCAAGCCCACAUGUGACCCAGGGCUGGCCCUACCCUCCCUGGGCCCCAGGGCCUCUGUUGCAAAGUGGAACAGUGGCUGUCUGGCCCUCUCUCAAGUUGGCUGUAUCCUGCAGUCCCUGGAUGCACAGCCUGAGCAGCUGGCCCUAAGGCCCAAGGAGUUCUUCCGAGCAUAUGGCAUUGAGGUGCUCACCGAGGCCCAGGUGGUCACAGUGGAUGUGCGAAACAAGAAAGUCGUCUUCAAGGAUGGCUUCAAGCUGGAGUACAACAAGCUGCUGCUGGCACCAGGGAGCAGCCCGAAGACCCUGAGCUGCAAAGGCAAAGAGGUGGAGAACGUGUUCACUAUCCGGACACCUGAGGACGCCAAUCGCGUGGUGAGGCUGGCCCGGGGCCGCAACGCGGUGGUCGUGGGAGCCGGCUUUCUGGGGAUGGAGGUGGCCGCCUAUCUGACUGAGAAGGCCCACUCAGUGUCCGUGGUGGAGCUGGAGGAGACGCCCUUCAGAAGGUUCCUGGGGGAGCGUGUCGGUCGUGCCCUCAUGAAGAUGUUUGAGAACAACCGGGUCAAGUUCUACAUGCAGACGGAGGUGUCGGAGCUGCGGGCCCAGGAGGGAAAGCUGAAGGAGGUCGUGCUGAAGAGCAGCAAGGUUGUGCGGGCCGACGUCUGCGUGGUGGGCAUUGGCGCGGUGCCCGCCACGGGCUUCCUGAGGCAGAGCGGCAUCAGUCUGGAUUCCCGAGGCUUCAUCCCUGUCAACAAGAUGAUGCAGACCAACAUCCCAGGCGUGUUUGCGGCUGGUGAUGCUGUCACCUUCCCCCUGGCCUGGAGGAACAAUCGGAAAGUGAAUAUCCCACACUGGCAGAUGGCUCAUGCACAGGGGCGGGUGGCGGCCCAGAACAUGCUGGCGCAGGAGGCGGAGAUCAGUACCGUGCCCUACCUGUGGACCGCCAUGUUCGGCAAGAGCCUGCGCUACGCAGGGUACGGAGAAGGCUUCGACGACGUCAUCAUCCAGGGGGAUCUGGAGGAGCUGAAGUUCGUGGCUUUUUACACCAAAGGUGACGAGGUGAUCGCUGUGGCCAGCAUGAACUAUGAUCCCAUCGUGUCCAAGGUGGCUGAGGUGCUGGCCUCAGGCCGCGCCAUCCGGAAGCGAGAGGACCGGCGAUAUGUCUUGGCUCACAGGGAAAGGAUCCUGAGCUUGCAUGCAGCAGACUUGGGCAGGCACGCUGGGGCACCAGGGACAGAGGCCAAGCCUUGGGGGCAGGUGCCAACCUCCAAUUUCCCAGGAUCCCCCACGCGAGAACCUGAGUCCUCCCAGUGCUUGCCUUGGGCUGCCUGGCUCACCUCCAGAGAGGCCUUGGCUGCCUCCAGAUGCUCACCACCCAAGGCCUCAGCUGCCACCAAGGGCUGGCCAUGGAGGCAGGACAGGCCCUGCCUCUUCUCCUGCUAUUGGGACUGGUCCCCUGUAGGGGCCCUGCAACACAUCAGACAUUAUCUUAAAAUUAAAACGCACACAUUCGCAGAUCUGUGUGACUUCCACUGUAACUGGGCAAACACUCGUGAAGGGGAGACAGGCACAGCCACAGAAUGCUCCAUGCCACACCAAGAAGUCUGGCCUGUGAGCGCCCAGCGGAGGUAGCCCUGAUUCUUUGCCCCUCCCGGCCUCCCGCCUCCCCCGACUCCGGUUAGGAAAGGCUUUUGAAGGAAGGGCACUCCAGGUAGAGGGGACAGCACAUGCCAAGGGCUGGAGACAAGAAGUGCUUCUUCAGAGGUCAGAGGCAACUCCCGCUUGGCAGUUUGGGGGCAUUCGCCCACUUAGGGCUGUAGAGGCUGGGUCCUGAGACAGACCCCAUGCUUCUCAGGGCAGCCAGAGCUUCCGGAAUCCCCAUUUCUCAGGUAAAGAAGCUGAGGCUCUGCUAUUAAGUAGCAAUGACAAUCCAGAGCUUCUGCGCCACUCUACCUCCCAGCCAAUAGGAAUGCCGAGGGGAGACGCUGGGGGCCCGAACUGAGGGCGCAAGCAGGAAGGGGAGAGCUAGGCUCCCUGGUCGGCCGCUGAGAGCCCGGAACCCUCCACCUGGGAUCCCGGGAGCGGCGGACCAUCAAGGCCGGAGCCACAUGCAGACAGGGCAUGCUGGGAACUGUGGCCGAUCUCCGGGCAGCGUGGGCCUGGCAAGCACCGGGGAAGCGCAGUCGGGACAGGGCUGGGGACCGGACCCUCAUACUUAGCAGGAAACGC